ACCGUGAUCGCCAAUCCCCAUGGCAAAAGGGCGCGAGGAUUCCAGCGAAGCUUUACUGACUCUCUUGUAUGUUUUCUAGAGCGGAAACCAGGUGACGCCAUCGAAUGGUACUAUCAGUAUCAGACGAUGUAUCUACGGAUGAUGGCGGAGAACCAGUUGACGGGUAGGACGACAACGAGAGCGACGGCAACCGAAAAUCCGACGAGCGGAUUUUGCCCGGACAACGUCGAUAUCGAGAAAAUUCAAAACGGCCAACCGCUGGCGGAAGUCAACAGUAAUCAGGUAACGGCGAGUAAUCGCGAUUACUAUUGUCCACGUUGCGGCAACGCCUACACGAGACCGCACUCGCUGAACAGACACAUGAGAUUCGAGUGCGGCGUGGAGCCGCAAUUCGAAUGUCCCAUCUGCCACAAGAAGUCCAAGCACAAGCAUAACCUGCUCUUGCAUAUGAGAACUCAUCAGAAGUCUUGAGACCGUUCGGUGCCAUUCAACGUUACGCGAGGAGAACGCAUUUGAAAAGUUUGAAGAGUAAGUUUGAAAACCACGCGCGUUUCACAAUUUGAAAUGCGCGUUUAUAUAAAUUCAAUCGGGACAAUCAAACAGAAACUGUUCAAAAAAAUGAAUUAAAUUUACAAUACACAGAUCGAGAGUUAAGGUCCAUGAGAUUCAGACUGAUUCUUUUACGUUGAAUACUAUAUAUUGUUAUCUUUUCUCUUGAUACUCACGGAUACUUAUGAAUAUUAUGCCUCAAAUGAAUUAUUAAUUUUCUGGAUUAAUUCACGUUACUUACAAUCCUGCUGGUUUUUUUGGAUUUUUAAGAAAUAUUCAAUAACUCCUUAUUUGUUUCUCUUUUGCGUGAACCUCACUUUGUAAUUAAUCAUAGACAAUAAAUAUUCAAAAAAGUUAAAUGUUAAAUAUAUACAAUUAGAAAUUGAACCGAUAAUUUCUAGAUAUAUUUGAUAUUUAAGCGAUGUAUAUUAAUUCAAAGAAAGC